AUUGUUUUCAUCCUUAUUCGAUUUAAUUUUGCCAGCGGAACACUCACCAGGAGCGUAGAGCAACGAUUUAGAAGGAGGACCUCAAUCUUCUUCCAGACCCAACUCGCGACCCUUCGCGCUUUCCGUAAAGUUGUGGCCAACCCCGCUACCGUUCCUGCCCUUCAAAAUUUCGAGAUCCACCAUUAAAUCCACAGUCAAAACCAACCAAGUGGAAUUUCUCUCUCCCAGCUCUUCAACAAAUCUACACUCUUGAUUCUUCACUGAGCAUGAAGCGGUGACAGGUAUUGACCCUUGCUACUAAGAAUCCAGAUCUGGUCUGCACAAGUGCCGUCGGACCACCAUGUUCUGCCAUUUCCCUCCGCAUCGGUAGCACAAACCAAGCCGAAAUCCAGACACAAGGGCAAAUAUGCCUCCUCUUCCUAAAAUUACCGCAUCUCCUACCCCCGGUCCCUCUGGUUUCAACAGAGGCAGAGACAGAGUUGCCGACUCCCUCUAUGCUUGGUGUCGUCAAAACUACGACCCGGGCUAUGUCUUUUCCCAAGAAGAACUGCUCAGCGCAGGCAUCAUCCCCGAACAGAAGAUCGAAAUCCUCCUUUCAUCCACCCAACAUCUCGUCCAGAGAGCGCUUUUUAAGAUCCAUGACAGGUCUGGCGGCACUAUUGGCUGGGAACUGGUCGAAGAGGCGCAGGCUGCAAACUUUGCCAAUCUAGGUCGCGAUGAGCAACUCGUCUACAGCUGCAUUGCCAAUGCCGGCAAUGCCGGCAUAUGGAACAAGACCGUCAAGAUGCGCAUCCAGGCUCAUGCCCAGGUUAUCGAGCGCACUUUCAAGACUUUGUCGACAAAGGGCCUCAUCAAGCCUAUGAAGAGUGUCAAGAACCCAGGCAGGAAAAUGUGGAUUCUGGCCAGUCUGCAGCCCAGUGAAGAGGCCACCGGCGGCUCUUGGUACACGAGCGGAGAUCUCGACACCACUUUGCUUACAAUAAUUGCCGGCGUGAUUGAAUUUUACGUCGCUCAGAGAUCAUGGCAAGAACAAGACACUACCGAGCCGUCCUCAAACAACAAGCGGAAAGCUCCCGACACCGGCUUCGACGAGAAUAACGAUGCCCGGUCCAAGGCGAUCAGAACAGAAGGCUUAGCCCACAACAAAGACAAAGGGAAAUCCUCUAAAUCCGCACCUCCCCAAAAGUCAUACCGGCCAUUCCCCCCCGGCUAUACCGCCUACCCUACCCUUCAAGAAAUUUCUAGUCAUGUUCUCAAGACAAAGGUGACACAGACUGUUUUGCCAGAGAAUGCCAUCCACCAGCUUCUCCAGGUCAUGGUGUACGAUGAAAAACUCUUCACAAUGUCUCGCAGGCCUACCCCUGAAGAGGACUUUGACGGCGAAGGUAGCGUGGUGAUGUAUCGUUCAUUCAAGACUCCUGGCGCCGUUCUCGAGAAGCAUGAUCUUGAGCGCCGGAAGGAAAGUCACGAGAUUAGCCAACACACCAGGCUGGCGCUUAAGAGGCAAGAAGAACUCGAGGAUAUCGGCCAAGGUGGUGCAAAUGAAGUGCCUUGCAUGAGUUGUCCUGUGUUUGAUAUUUGUGGCGACGGCGGCUCGAUCAAUGCUCUCACUUGUGAAUACUUUGCGGAUUGGUACACCAAGAUCGCCGAGGCCGACAUCGAAGCUGGGAAUGGGAUAGUUCCAGACAAACACCCCACGAAGCAGAGAGAACGAGACAAAGGCCACUCAAAAGCAGGUGCUGUUGUGGAUAUCGAGAUGGAAGAUUGACAUGACAGUUGUUGAAUAGCAUAUGGACGGCUCCUAAGCAUCGUGGAUGGCGUUUUUCUCUGCUGGAGCCCCGGUUAUUUGUAGCAGGCUCUUGUGACGGCCCAAAAUUCAAUCACAUAUGUGGACAUUGUUUGUCUAUCAGAUGGAGGUUAGCUGGUGAAAAUGAGUGAGCGAGAUAGCAAGAUACCCUGACUUUAGACAUGGUUACUGAAUCAACGGAACCAUUGGUCAAAAAUCC